AUGGAUCUUAUUGAUCAGUUGGGGACUAACAAGCCCCACAGAAGUGGUUUGGCAAAAAGAUUAGCUCGCUUAGAGGAGCAUGAAAACUUCGACGUAUCAGGGACCGGGUUUUUAUUUGGCAACAAUUCUCUUCUUAAUCGCGUCAGAAAUAGACUUGACGGCAAUGAAAGCAGUGGGGAACAGGGUCUAAAUGCCCAGUUCAAUGACGUCCGCGAGUCGAAUUUACCUCCAACUCAAAUUUUCACACCCACUUAUGAUGGGGAGGAUUUAGAGCAGGAUUUCUCUCAAAAGAAGACAUCUAUCGAACUUGCAAGGUCAGAAAAGGCGGCAGAGGCUCGUGCAGUUGAAACGGUCAGAGAAAAUGGGUUCAACCCCGAGCCGCUAUCCGUAAGGCAAUCCGACAUUCCUCCGAAACCCACCACGCAAUGGCUUCACAACGAAACCCAGCCAGUCGAAAGAGAUCAAAGGGAGAGGUCGCGGGAAACCGGAGAUGAACUUGAUACUCAAGUUCUUCAGACAGAAAUCGAUGCGGGUGUCAAUGGCUUUGAGCUAGAUCCUACUGUAGCCGACCCCGAACCAACUGCUGGCACCAAUCUGGAGCAAACCAUAACUGAUCAUACCCGAGUUGAUAAAGGCGACUUUGAUACACACUCGCAGGGCACAGAUAUCUCGAGCAGAAAUUCCAUAGACUUAAGUGGAGAGGUCGAACCACACAACGAGCAUCCUAAUGAGCACGUCGUUUUUGAGAGGAGUGCUAAUAACCCAAGUAAGUCGUCUGCCACUCGAGACUUCGUGAAUGCUUUUGACGAGGACUCUGAUAACUCUUCCAGUGAUCAGGAAGAAUCCACACCCCACAAUGUUUCAACGGCUCUCUCCUCUCUCGGAACCGCCGAUGCUGUGGUCAACGAAGGAUCGGAGCAACGCAAAGACCACCUUAAACUGAUAGAAACCUCACAUCAGAAAGAUAUGAUCCAUGAAGAACCUAAAGCCUUAAAGUUAUAUCAUGGUAUGCUAAGGCAAAAAAUUGAUGUUACCAAGAAUGUUGACUUAUCAAGUGACUCAGAAGGAGAAGGUGAACAUGGUUCAAGAUCGCUCUCAUCUAGGGCUGCAGUCCUUGAGUUGAAAGCCCGCCUUUCAAAAAAGAAACGACUCUCUACCUUAAAGCGCACUGACUCGUCCACAAAUUCUGAAUCCUUGAAAUGUCUUUUUCACUCUUUGCGCAAAGCAAAUAAGGAACAGAUUCUAGAGCACCAAAAGGACCAAUUUCAACUGAAAGGUUUGGAUCUCACAGCAAUUGCAGAAGAAAAGGAAUCAGUUGAAUCACUACUAGAAAGGGAAUUGGCGAGGAAUAGAAAAAUUAGGCUGCGAGAACUUCGCAAAGAGAAAGAAGCCGAUUUUCAGGAAACAGAUGACAACCUAUCAGGUGAACUGAGCCUAAGUGGUAACGAACUCGACUUAGGAUACUCAGAAGGAGAACAAUCUAAUAAAAAUGAUUCAGAUGUAGAGAGUACGAAUGCAAGUGGGGAGGUUCCUGAAGCAGGUAGGUAUCCUGAUACCGAUACAGAUGUUCAAAACGCUGCCAAGGAUACCGAAAAACAGACGAACGAACGAGAUGCAGAGGAAAAAGAAGAAGAAGACGAAGACGAAGACGAAGAACAAGAACAAGAACAAGAACAAGAAGAAGAAGAAGAAGAAGAAGAAGAAGAAGUCAGGAUGCUGAGGCCUAACAAAAGAGGUCACAUUGUUCACAGCUUGUCUGAAGACGAAGAUCAAGGUGUGGAUCAGCUGGCAACAAGAAGAAUAGACCUUGGAUCUUACGGCAAUAAUUUAUUAAGUACAGAUACGCCUUCAAGAGACGAGUUAUCACUACGAAUAGGUGUUGGAGAAAAGACAGACGAUGCCAAUGCUUUCAAAAGCGUGGAUCAGAACCAUUUUGGUACCGAAGCUGUGACAGAAGACGCUUUCAGGGCCAUAAUGAAAAAGCUCAUAAAGAAGAGACAAGAGCAAGAACAAAAGAGGGAACGCCAGAUAAGAGAAAUGCGGAAAAGCAAGGUCAAUCAUAUGCUGGAGAUAGAAGCCGAAGAAUCUGACGAUGAAUGGCAUGGGAUUGGGGGCAUUGAUGGCGAAGGAUCAGACGGUUAUGAUUCUGAGCUCGAAAAUAUGAUAGAUGACUAUUCCAACUCUAAUUUCAACCCCGAUGAAAUACGUAAGAAACUCAUUGAAGAGGACAUAACGAAGGAUAAAGACCUGGUGAACAAAAUCCUACACGACAUUGAAAAUGGAGGAUUUCGCAAGAGAGGCAGGGGUGCACUUGACAUUGAAUUCAGCGACGAUGAAGAUGAAGAAUUAUUAAAGUACCACGCUAGAAGGAAGCAGCUUUUGAAAAAGAAGAUAUCCGGGAGUGCUGAACUCAACUCGAUCAGCACUAAUCCGAAAUCGAAAGCUUUUUUUGAUAGCUUGCAAGAAGACUUCGAAGGAAGAGAUAGAUUGUUCGACGAUGAAACGCUUAAGGCUGAGCAGAACACAACAAGCUUCCGUAAAGCGGAGGAAGAAGUGCCUCUAAAGGAAUCCAAACAGAAAAUGAUUCUCUCAGAGGAUUUUGUACAACGAACCCUUUCUUUCCUCACAUCACAAGAAAAUGGAACAGAAUCCGCCCCGGAGCUGGACAAGCUCGAUGUGGAGAAAAACUACAGUACCCAAGAGCACGACCUCUUUUCUUUAAAACAGAGCAGUAGUAUCAAAGGUUUCACUACAUUUACAAGAGAGAUCGACCAUAAUGUGAAUGAUGACGAGAAUGUUUUUCCUGGCCGUAAUGGGGCAUCGUUAGUGAGCAGAUUUGGUCACCAUCAAGAGGCUAAUGAGAAGUUCAAGGAGGGUCAAAAGACAGUUCAAAUGAAAAAAACCUAUAAGAUGGCCGGCUGCACCAGGGCCUCAGUAACUUACCUAGGUAGGGCAAGGCAACUAAAAGCGCGCAAGACGGCACGUCCACGACUGGGUGCGAAACCUAAGACUGUGACCAGAAAAUCUACACUUCUGGCGAACAGUUCAAGUAGCUUCGAUAAUUAA